UGUCUUCCUGCAGAGGCACACGCAGAGCCGGGCAUUGAGAAUCCCAGCAGCUCUGCUCCUAAGGAGCUUUCCCCCCCCUCGUUCACUCAGGGCCCUGCCGCUCUGCAGCCCACCUCCUUGGAGCAGCUGGAGGAGGACGAGGCCACGGACAGUUUUGAUGUAGAUGUUGCUGUCACAAAUCCAGAGAAAGUGGGAGAUGGCAUGAAUGCAUAUGUGGCCUACAAAGUGUCCACCAGGACGUCCUUGACCAUGUUCAGGAGUAAAGCCUUCACUGUGAGGAGGCGUUACAGUGACUUCCUGGGUCUUUAUGAGAAGCUGUCAGUCAAGCAGACUCUGCACGGCUGCAUCAUCCCACCACCACCUGAGAAAAGUGUCGUAGGGAUGACCAAAGUGAAGGUGGGAAUGGACGACCCGUCAUCUGUAGAGUUUGUGGAAAGAAGAAGAGCAGCUCUGGAGAGGUAUCUUCAGAGAGUCGUGUCUCAUCCGCUGUUACUGCAAGAUCCUGACGUCCGUGAGUUCUUGGAGAAAGAUGAUCUUCCCAGAGCGGUGAGCACUCAGGCUCUGAGUGGAGCUGGCUUCCUCAAAAUGAUCAAUAAGGCUUCAGACGCUGUCAACAAGAUGACCAUCAAGAUGAAUGAGUCUGACACUUGGUUUGAGGACAAGUUCCAGGAGGUGGAGAACGAGGAGCAGCAGUUGAGGAAACUUCACGCCAUCGUCGACUCCCUCGUCAAUCACAGGAAGGAGCUGUGUGGGAACACGGCGGUGUUUGCCAAAAGUAUGGCCAUGUUGGGAAACUCUGAGGACAACACGGCGCUGUCCCGGGCCCUGUCCCAGCUGGCAGAGGUGGAGGACAAGAUGGAGCAGCUGCAUCAGGAACAGGCAGCCAGUGACUUCUUCAUCUUUGAAGAACUGUUAGCCGACUACAUCCGUCUGCUGGGUGCUAUGAGGGGGUGUUUUGACCAGCGCAUUCGGGCGUGGCAGAGAUGGCAGGAAGCUCAGAGCACACUCCAGAAAAAGAGAGAAGCCGAGGCCAAACUGCUGUGGGCAAACAAGCCGGACAAACUGCAGCAGGCCAACGAGAUCUCUGAGUGGGAAGGGAAGGUCACUCAGUACGAGAGAGAUUUCGACAGGGUUGGCAUGACUGUACGCAAAGAGGUUCUCAGGUUUGAGAAAGAAAAAUCGAAGGACUUCAAGAACCAGAUAGUCAAAUAUUUGGAGGCGAUGCUGCAGUCUCAACAACGGCUUAUAAAGUUUUGGGAGGCGUUCCUGCCCGAGGCAAAAGCAAUAGCUUAAUGAAGAGGGAGACGUUUUGUAAAGACCCCGACUGCCUUUUUUUAAACACUUUACCUCUUGAGCAGAACUGAGAGGACAAUUUUGAAACACACAAGAAACUUCCAUCCAUUUUUUUUCUGACUUUUUAAUCAUAGUGUAUUCUCUUAACUUGUACAGUUCUUUGAUAAACUAAGCUGCCGCAAACACACAACAUUUCUUUGGCAUUUCUCUUUGUUCGUGUUCUUGACUUUAAGAUGGUUUUAAAGCAGGAAUCCAGCAGAGAUAAACACAGCCAUGAUCUUACAAAAGCCCUCUGUUUGUCUGUCAGUGGGGUAUGUAUUAUGUUUCAUGCUUACAGCAGUAUAUUAACACUGAGGUACUGCCCUAGAAUAACAUUGUCUAUAGUUUACAUUAGAAGAUAGACGUAUGUAAGUCAUUCCAGCCUCUAACAACUCAUGUCAAUGAUGCAUGACAGAUAACAUUUGAUGCACUAAAUUUCUUUGCACAGUUGUAAAAGCUGUUUUAAAGUAAAAACCACUAUUGAUGACUGAGGUUAUUUAUCAAGAGUAUUAGCACAUUGUUACAGUAUAUAACAUGAUGCAUUAAAGAUCAUAUAUGUCAUUCAAAUGGAGAUUGGACAAGCGUAGAGGCUUGUCAGAGUUGUUAAAAAUAAUACCAGAAAUGUGAUGUUACAGUGAGUGCAGGGUGAAAAAUGCAAUCACUACUUUGUUGGUAUUUUAUACAAUGAUGUGUUUGUUAAUUUUAUGUUAUUAUAUUAAUCCAUUUCCUCCACAAAAUGCAGUUUUGAAAUACUUCAAAUUAUUUUGUCAGAGAGUGAGGCCCAGAGGAACUCUUUUGGAACUGCUGCAGAGAUUGUUUACUGCCCCUGUAAAUGACUGUUGUUGACAUGUAAACAAACAUGUACAGUACUUGAAUGGAACCAAACAACACUGAGUGAAGUUAUUAUUAGCCGACCAUGUGAUUUAUUUUUUAAACAAAAUUGGUUUGAAGGGUAAAAAGGCACAGACAUUCAAGUCAUACGGCCCCUUAUUUUCUUAUUCUGCAUUUGUAAGUGUAGUUUUUCUGUCAUGUCAUAUUUACGUAAGAAUGUGCUUUAUUUUUGUAACCACUUUGCAUUAGCACACACAUUUUCCUGGAAAUGCUAUACAGGUAGAUGUCAAGAAAAAAAUAAAUAUGAUUGGUUAAGCUUUGGA